UGAGAAAUGAAGCAGCAGCACCAAAAUUCCUCCAUCACCAGAUAAAACAGAAUCAAGAAACGGAAACGGGAAAUGGGAGCGCCGGUGGGAUUGGCUCCGGGACUUUCUCGGAAGCUGAAGAAGGUGCUGGAAUGUCGGACGGACAGUCCGGAUCUGGUGGCUUCGCUCAAUACUCUUUCCGCUUUCUACAACGAAAACACACCUCAGUCACGUCGCCACCUCAGAUCCACCAUCGAGGACCGCUCUCUCCACCUCAAUCACGAGUUUCUUCAAGCCUCCCACACCGCCCAGCAAGCUUUGGAUCGUGUCGAGGAGGAGGUUAACGCUCUGGCCGAAUGCUGCGAUAAUAUUGCCAAGGCUUUGAGUAGUUGUAGUGCAAGUACGGGUGAUAUUAUCAGCACCACCGAGAGGCUCAAAGAGGAACUAGAAAUCACCACUCAGAGACAAGACAUUGUAUCCUGUUUCCUUCGCGAUUACCAGCUCUCAAAUCAAGAGAUCAAUGCUCUUAGGGAUGAGGAUCUCGAUGACAACUUCUUCAAGGCUCUUUCUCAUGUUCAACAAAUCCACGCCAACUGCAAGGUUCUGCUGCGUACCCACCAUCAGCGUGCUGGUUUGGAGCUCAUGGAUAUGAUGGCUGUCUACCAAGAAGGAGCUUAUGAGCGCCUUUGCAGGUGGGUUCAGGCAGAGUGUAGGAAAUUGGGUGACAGUGAUAAUCCUGAAGUUGAUGAGCUUUUGAAAACAGCUGUCCGUUGGCUCAAGGAAAGGCCUGCUCUUUUUAAGUACUGUGCAGAAGAGGUAGCAAAUAUGAGGCAUAAUGCAUUGUUUAGAAGAUUUAUAAGCGCUCUUACACGUGGAGGACCUGGUGGAAUGCCAAGACCUAUUGAGGUUCAUGCUCAUGAUCCGUUAAGAUAUGUAGGUGACAUGCUAGGAUGGUUACAUCAGGCCUUGGCAUCUGAACGAGAACUUGUUCUUGUCCUACUUGACCCUGAUGCAUUGGUAGAUACUGUAUCAACCGUAAACCAAUUCUCCAAGAGUUUGGAGAAUGGCACUGGAAAGACAGAAUCUGACCUAACAUUUGUUCUGGAUAGAAUUCUCGAAGGAGUUUGCCGGCCAUUUAAAGUUAGAGUUGAACAAGUUUUGCAGUCACAACCUAGUCUAAUAAUUGCAUGUAAACUCAGUAACACACUGGAAUUUUACAGCUACACUAUCUCUGAUUUACUUGGGAGAGAUACAGUUCUGUGCAAUACACUUUGGGCACUGAGGGAUGCUGCUCAGAAAACAUUUUUCGACAUUCUGAAAAGUCGGGGAGAGAAGCUUUUACGAUAUCCUCCCCUUGUUGCUGUUGAUCUUUCCCCACCAAAAGCAGUGAGGGAAGGAGUCUUGGUUCUGCUUGAAAUAAUUGAAACCCACAACAGCAUGAUGGUUACUGUUACAGGGAAGAAGCCUGAUUUUGAUCCAGUGAUCUCUGCUUUACUCGACCCUAUCAUUCAGAUGUGUGAGCAAGCUGCAGAGGCACACAAGUCCAAGGGUGCUAGCCAUGCAUCGAGAAGAAGAACAAGUUCUGAAUCGGGCCAAAUUAGUAAAUCAUCGGUCGAUGCUCUCUUGUCAAAUAACAGCCCUGCAACAUUGUCCAAGAAUAGUGAAACUCCUUCCAAAAUAUUCCUCAUCAAUUGUUUAUGUGCCAUCCAACAACCGCUAUCCAGGCAUGAGGUUGCAGCUGGCUAUGUAAAGAAACUGGGAGCAAUGAUUGACAAUCACAUGCAUUCACUUGUAGAAAAGGAAGCCGAGGCCAUUUUAAGUAGAUGUGGCUUGUCGCAAAAGAUGCACUACUUCCAGAAGUCACUUAACGAGGAGGGCGGUACAGCAGCUGGCACCCCUCUGGUGGAAAUUGAAGACACCUCUCCAGUGUCUCUUUCAGAAUGUUUGAGGGCAUUCUUUGGGCUUAUUAUAGGAAAUGAGAGUUCCCUUCCUGAAUUUGAGCAGAUGCAGGUUCCAAAGUUGCGCUCUGAAGCUGGGAUACAGGUGGCUCGGUCUCUUGCUGAAGCUUAUGCGCUUAUUUACACGGCAAUAAUGGAUCCCAAGAAUGGCUAUGCAGAGCCCCAAUCACUGGCAAGGCACCCUCCGGAUCAGAUACGGAUAAUUUUAGGCCUAUGAAACUCUACAAGUUCAAUUCUAUUUUAAAAUUUAAUCUUUUGGGUUUAAAAAAUGAGGAGUUGGUUCAAAUUUUGAUUUUGAUUCUUUUUUUUUCUGUAGUUUGUUAGAUGAGCUGUUCUUAUUGUGAUCAAAUAGAAUGUAUUUUAUACCAAACGAUGUGGAUGCAGAAACUUCAUACAAAGAUGUAGUACCCCAGCCCGAGUCAUUUUGCACCGCAGA